AUGGCUGGGGGGAGCACAGAAGGCGAGGAGACUCAGGCGGCCUCUGACGAUGAAGUAGACGAAGUCCAAGGUCGCCCCCACGAUGGUCGCCAACACGUUUAUGUUUGGCGCCAACGUGGGGACCACUUCAUUGGCCACGAAGAACUCGCGAAGACGGAGGAGGCUGUGAGGGUGGAGCGCGCAGCUAAGCGGCUCGUGGAUGAGGUUAAGAUUGAAGGGAUCAUGGACGAGAAUAAGGCCCUGGCUGUGGAAGUAGAUUGUCUUCAGGCAGAGGCCGAGGAGAAGGCGGCCGAGAGGGGUGCUCAGGAGGAGCGCCUGCUCGAUCUUAAUCGGCAACUAGCCGACAAGGAUCGGGAGAGGAAGGAUCUAGCGAAGGAGGUUGAACGCCUCCGACAAGAAAGGGAAGGGCUCGACCAGGAGCGUGUCGGGGCGCUGGAGGCCGGGCGGUCGGCUAGCGAGGAGGUGAAGAAUAGAAAUCGAGAGUUGGCCGUGCUUAAGGUCAAUACUAAGAAACACCUCGACGAGCUGGUCAAGGACCGGGACUCCAGGAAGACUAAUUGCAUCAAGAUCUGGAAAGGAGUUGACGGCCCUUGA